UUGGGUAACGGCUAGUACGAAUCACAAGUUGCACCGCGACAUCACCGUCUCAAAUUCGCUUUUCAUCCUUUCUUUUUAUGUUCAGUGUUGGCUGUGCUGUCGCCCCCACCUAUAUUCAGAUUCAAUUCAAUUUUUCUUUCUUCUUCUUCAGAUUCGCAUGGAGGGCUCAAAGGAAAACCGUGUGCCUCCGCUUCCGCUCAUACCCUCUUCGAAUCUUCAACAAGGCGGUGGUCCAAGAAUGAAGCGCCUACUCCAUCACCAUCACCGGCUGCCUCUCGGCAACAUCAGUCAGAAUGUUAUGCUUCAUUCUCAUGUCAACAAACUAGAUCUUGCCCGCAAGUUUACGCCACACACAGUUCAGCACCACUUCCCUCAGCCACAUCCACAGCCUCAAGAAAAUAAGAAACAGAACCUUUUGGCCCCGACCCCGAGUUACCAGUUAGAUUGUGAUAUCGUAGAUAUUGAUGACGACGAUGGGGAUGGCAGUGAUGAUGCCGUUCCGGUAUUUGUCAAGCACACUGAAGCCAUGCUUGACGAAAUUGACAAGAUAGAGGAAGUUGAAAUGGAAGAUGUAGAGGAGGAACCUGUUUUGGACAUCGAUGCCUGUGAUAGGAAAGAUACACUGGCAGUGGUUGAGUACAUAGAUGAUAUAUACAGUUUCUACAAGGAUAUUGAGAAUUCGAGCCGUGUCUCUCCAAAUUACAUGAAUAGUCAAUUUGACAUUAAUGAAAGGAUGAGGGCUAUUCUUAUUGACUGGCUUGUUGAGGUUCACUACAAAUUUGAGCUUUUGGAGGAGACGUUGUUCCUUACUGUCAAUCUCAUAGACAGGUUCUUGGAGCGUCAGGCAGUGAUCAGAAAGAAACUUCAGUUAGUUGGUGUAACAGCCAUGCUAAUAGCUUGUAAGUAUGAGGAGGUCUCAGUUCCUACCGUUGAGGAUUUUAUUCUCAUAACAGACAAGGCAUAUACAAGAAAUGAAGUUUUAGAUAUGGAGAAAUUAAUGAUGAACAUCUUGCAAUUCAAGUUGUCUGUGCCUACUCCAUACAUGUUCAUGAGAAGAUUUCUUAAGGCAGCUCAUUCUGAUAAAAAGCUGGAGCUCUUGUCCUUCUUCUUGGUCGAGCUUUGCUUGGUAGAAUGCAAAAUGCUGAAGUUUUCACCAUCUUUGCUGGCUGCUGCAGCCAUUUACACAGCUCAAUGUAGUCUGUACCAGUUUAAGCAAUGGACUAAGACUACCGAGUGGUACACUGAUUACUCAGAAGAGAAACUUCUUGAAUGCUCAAGGCUGAUGGUUACUUUCCAUCAGAAAGCUGGAUCGGGGAAACUCACAGGUGUAUAUAGAAAGUACAAUACAUGGAAGUAUGGCUGUGCCGCGAAAAUAGAACCAGCCCUGUUUCUACUGGAUAAUUAAGGGAAUGCAAGUAAACUUCUAGUUUCUAAUGCAUUGCUUUGGUUGUUUUGAGAGUUUGCUUGUACUAGAAGUUUGUUUUGAGAGCUUCACAAGACCAACCUAUCGACAGAAGUUGGCUUCAGUAGUGUUUGUCUUUUUCUUUCAAGUACCGUGUCUUUUUCUUUGCACUCAAUCUUACCUUUCAGGAUUGUAUGGACCAAGUGAAUUAGCACAUUAAUUGCUUUUACUAAUCACUGAAAGAUGCAUGUCAUAGUUCUUGAAUUAACGAAAUUGUAUAUUCUUCAA